AGUGUCUGGUUUGCAGUGACUCGUUAAUCAUUGUCUCAGUCUUCGUUUCCUGCUCGGCUCCAGCGACUUGUUUCACUUUGAGAGUAACAGAUUGAAUCACUGUGUCAGCGUCUAGGGUCUUUAUCUGUGAAAUUGAGAAUGCGUUCAAUGAAGGACAGGCUUCUCUUGGUUUUCUAUCAUGAUGUUAUCCUUCUUCUUCUAACAUGGCAUUGUGGAGGUCAGUCUCAGAUGAUUGGUCCAACUCAACCAUUGGUUGCAAUGACAGGGGAUGACAUCAUGUUACCAUGCCAGCUAGAUCCAGCUAGGGAUGCUGUUGACUUGACUGUGGAAUGGUCUAGACGUGACCUUAAACCAAGAUUUGUCCACUUAAAGCGGGACGAUGCGGAGCUCGUGACUCAGAAUACUUUAUACUCCAGAAGAACAUCACUGUCUGUCAACAAACUGAAAUGUGGUGACAUUUCAUUGAAACUCUCCAAAGUGCAAGUCUCUGAUGCAGGAAGGUAUAACUGCCUUGUUCCUGAAAUUGGUGCAGAAACUGGGAUGGAGCUCGUUAUUGGUUCUGUUUCUUCUGUAGUCAUGGAGAUAUUCAAAGUCAAAAAUGAAAUCUUCUUUAAAUGCAAAUCUAACGGCUGGUAUCCAGAGCCUCGGGUGUUUUGGCUGAACAGUCAGGGAAACCAAAUCACAGCUGAAUCUACAAACAGUGCCAAAGGUUCUGAUGGCCUCUAUACUGUCAGCAGCACUGUGACUGUGAACAAGAGACAGACCUACAGUCUCACCUGCAGAGUCCAACAGAAAAACAUCAACCAGACUGCUGAAGCACAUAUCCAUGUAUCAGACAUGAUGAGGAUGAAAAUGAACUACAUCAAACAGAGAUGGAGGAAAAAUUACAGAGAGAAUGUGAGGAAAAGAAAAGACUUGAAGAGGAGUUGGAGAACAAGGAGGAAGACCUAAAACAUGUCAGACAAACCAUUGAAAAACUGAUGGAGCAGAAGACAUUUCUGAAGAACCAGAGAGAAAAACUCCACAAACUACUGCAGGAGGACAAGGCAAGGUUGAAAGAGGUCAUGAAAAAAGAGAAAGAAACCCCAUUACUUGACAAAGAGAAAAAAAAGAGUCAUCUUGAAGAUAAAAAAUCUGACCUGGAAAAGAGAACAGAAGUACAUGAAGAACUGUUAAAGAUGACAGAAAAGCUAAUGGAGGAAACAGAGAACAUUAUAAUCCAAAUGACAAAAAGAAAGGGGAAGCUAGAAAAAGACAAGGAACAAAUUAUUAAACACUUGAGAGAGAAAUAAAGAAAUGAAAGGGAUUUAGAAGAAACUGUCAGAGAAACAAGCGAGAAACAAUGAACAGGUGUGUAAGUUUUUCUUGUAUAUAUUUCUUGCUAAAGUCACAUGUACAAACUGUUGUGUUGUGUUUAAUUUACGUUCCCAGUGUCUUUAAUGUCUCUCCUUUUUUUUUAAUCAGCGAAGGACAGAGUUACACAACAAAUAAAACAUGGGUUAUUUUGUCAGUGCUGUCAUUUUUCAAUGUGAUGCCUGAUAUUUCUAUAUUUUUUUUGCUUUAAAUUUAUACUAUAUACAGGUUAACAAGACAUGCAUUUUGAGUGAAUUUUAUCAUAGAAGAUUUUAUUUUGUUUCUUUAGAACAAAAUAGAAGAGAUUUAGAAGAAACUUGCUUGAUGAACAUCUGUCUAAGAAGUCAGAUGUUUAUUUUACUUGAAUUUUUUUUCUCUCUUUGUGUUUAAUGAAUAUGCUAAAAUACAGAGGGAGAAUCACCAAUUAACUUAAUAUGCACACAGAAACAAGGAAAACUUUCAAAUGUCACCCAGAAAGAUUCCAGUUGAACAUGUUAAUUCUAUAAAAGCCAAGACAAUAAAACAUGCAGUAUGUUGAACUGUAAAGUGUAAAGCUGUAUUUAUAAAAACAAACUAUAACUUCUAAACAAUAGUGUUUUAUUAAGGUGUACACGGCAAGUCCAAGAAGAAGAGGAAACAAUUUACUAUGUACUAUAAACACUAUUAUUAAGCAGCAGUGUUUCAAAAACAUCGUUAUGUUCAGACUUUACUGAGUUGCAUUUGGGUAAAACCUACAUGGAUUUUGUAAAGUGGACAGAAUAGGAGAGACUACAACAAUAAUAUUUUCCAUUAACUAAAAGUAAUGCUCUUGAAAGUGCUAAUGUGUUACAAAAAAAAAUAUUGAUGUGUUUAUUAUUUAAGUUGAUUUCUAAUGAUAAUUUUACUGUUAUGAUUUAUUCUGAUGAUUUAAUCAUCUAAACUGAUCCGUGAUGAAAACACACCUGUGUGUAACCAUGUAUUCUUAUGUUGGUGGGAACAAAAAUUUGGAAGUCAGCCAUACUUGUUGGGACCAACAGCCCUUAUGAGGACCAAAAUCCCGGUCCCCACAAGUUUGAAGGCAUUUUUGAGACUCAGAAUGUGAUUUUAGU